AGUGUUAUACUAACAGUUUUUUUCAGUUGUUACCUCCUUCCUUUCAAAGUUUUAUUUGUUUAAUUUAUAGAAAAUAACAAUUCGCUAUAAAUUAAAAUGCCUUUUAUGAAAGGGCCGGCUCCUGUAAGGAGGACCCUCAAGUAUUUAGAAAAGGGAAGGCUGUUUUUCAAGGAAGGAGUGAAAAUAUGUUCUAUUAAUUACAACACUUCUGGACAACACCACGAAGGUGCUAGGGAUUUUGCAUUCUGGUAUUUACCACAGUUGCAGUACAGGAACCCGAAUGUACAAAUAAUCACAUUUAAAAACAUGACGCCUACGCCAUUUCUUCGUUUUUAUUUUGACACUGGAGAUGAAAUGCUCGUGGACAUUUUCGGAAAGAAGAAAGAAGACAUUAUGGAGCAUCUGCUAAAAGUUAUAGGAAAAUCGAAAGAAGUCCUUCGUUCCGAAGAGCAAGCCAAAGAGAUGAAAGACAACCCGGCCAACUUUGGCUACGGAUGCCAGAGGCAUUGCAUCUGCGAGUUACCUGGGCAGGUACCCUGCCCUAGGAUAGUACCUCUACCGGAACACAUGAGGGGGAAGUUUAUUAACAAGAAAGACUAGCAACAAUUAACAAAACAAUUAAAACUUUAGAUUUUGUAUUUUAUUUGUAAAUAAAUUUACUAGGUUGUAAUAUA